AUGGCUGGCAAUCCAGUAUCCGUGUCGCCAAGCGAAAAGCGCCCCGAUGGCAACGCUGACCUGGACCAUAUCGAGACGCCGAUGAAGCCGGCUGAGCUUGUCUCGGAGGCUAUCGCCAAGGGCCAGAUCACUUCAGGAUAUGAAAACCUGACCGCUUGGGAGACAGUUAAGAAGUUCAAGUUUGUGAGUCUCGUCUGUUUCCUGGCGGCCCUGAGUGCUGCCACUGAUGGAUAUCAAGUUGCAAUGAGUGCGAGUAUCAUUGCGAACAAAGGCUUUGUCCAACAGUUCGCAACCACGACAAAUGCCGCGGGACAGAAGUUUAUCGAUUCACCCAUCAUCAGUGCUUGGGGCGCCUGCAUGAAUGUCGGUCAAAUGAUUGGUCAGACUACCGUGUCUUUCAUAAGCGCGAGGUUCGGCCGAAAGGUUGCCAUGUACUGGCUCUGGUUUACUCUUUUGGCCAGUGUACUGGCAGAAACUCUUGCAAGACAUUGGGCUGUUUGGCUGGUGGCCAAGAUGCUCGCUGGUUAUGGUGUUGGUUGCCUGCAGGCUGUCACCCUUGGAUACAUCACCGAGAUUGCGCCUCCUCGAAUCAGAGGUGGUCUUCUCAUGUGCUACAGCUUUUGGUGGACUCUGGGCUCUUUCCUUACCCAUGUUGCCUUGCAAAGCAUGAGCAAGAGAGCCCCGUACAACUGGCUGACCCCAGUUUAUACCCAAUGGGCCCAAGUAGGGUUGAUGCUCAUCAUCUAUGUCUUCCUCCCCGAGUCUCCGGCAUGGCUUGCGACUAUUGGCCGCGAAGAACAGGCGAAGAAGUGCCUGACGUGGUUGCAUCGCGGAGUCGAAGGGUAUGAUGUCGAUCAUCAGUACAGCAUUCUCGCACUAGCACUCGAACACGAACGCAAUGUCGCAGCCGAGAGCCGAAAGGUAUCCUGGACGAACAUCUUCCGCGGAACGGACGGUCGCAGAACUCUGACGGCCUUGUGGACCGUUGUCGCACAGCAGUUCACCGGUCUAGCGCUCUUCGGUACUUUCGGAACCUACUUCUUCCAGCAGGCCGGUCUGGCGGACCCCUUCGCAAUCAAGGCCAUCACGGUAUCUCUCCAGAUUGUCACAGUCAUCGCAGCCGUGUUCCUGGUCGAUAGACUCGGUCGAAGGCUCAUGGCUUGCCUUGCCACAACAACAAUGUGGGUUACUUGCCUGGUCGUAGGCAUCUUGGGCGUUGCACCUCAAGUCAAGGCCACCACUUACAUCUUCGUCCUGUUCGCUAGUUUGUGGAACGUCGGUAUUGCAGCUAACGGUGCCGCUGGCUGGGGCUUCGUUGGAGAGAUUUCAUCUCAGCGCCUUCGACCGUACACCUCAGGCUUCGCAGCCUCCGCCAAUUCCUUUGCGGGGUUGAUCAUGUCCAUUCUGAUGCCGUAUAUGGUCAAUGCGAACCGCUGGAACUGGGGUUAUAAGACUGGCUUCUUCUAUGCCGGUGUUGGUGCCCCAUUUGUGGCUGGGAUGUGGUUCUUGAUCCCUGAAGUUGCUGGGACGAUCUGCUGCAGAACUGGACGAGCUCUUCGAGCGGAAGAUCAAGCCUUGGCGCUUCCACAAGACCGAAACAGCCACCCAGCGCUUGCUCCGAGCUGA